AACAAACCUAGGGUCCUGUGCUUGUUGGGAGAGCCGGAGAGGUAGAGGGAGGGAGGGAGGAACGCGAUGGCGGAAGUGAAAGGAUCAACAAUUCCAGAAGUGGAGGUAGAAGACCUGCCGAAGACUAUCGUGCGCCGGUUAGUGAAAGACAAGCUCUCCCAGCUCUCUAGGGAAGGCGAUAUGUCCCUCCUACGUGAUGCUCAUCAAGCCUUCUCCGAGAGUGCCCGCAUCUUCAUCCACUACCUCUCUGCUGCCGCAAAUGAUAAUUGCAUGGACUCUAAGAGGCAAACUAUGAGUGCAGAAGAUGUAUUCAAGGCUCUUGAAGACGUUGAGUUUAGUGAAUUUGUAGAUCCUCUCAGAGCUUCUCUUGAAGAGUUCAGGCUGAAAUAUUCUAAAAGGAAGGCCACAUCUUCAAAACCAGCGGAGUCUAACAAAAAGACCAAGGAAGAGAAACCUGCCGAGAAUGGGAAUAUGAAAAAAAAACAUGAUGCUACAGAUAACCCAAAGAGUAAGCACAAUAAAACUGGAUUGAAUGGAAAUGGAGCAAGAAAGGCACAACCAGUUGAAAGUGAGGAGAAAUACAGUCAAGAACCCAAUGGAAGUGAAGAGGAAGGAGGAGCUAAUGUAAGUGAGGACAGUCAUGAUAAUUGAGGAGUUAUUAUGGCAUAAUCAUGUUAAGGGUGGCAUGUUUUGAACUUUACUUUUCUAUAUCACUAUAUGUAUCCAUCCCCUUCUAAAAUGGAGAGUAGAUUUAUGGAGACCUAUAUGACUCCAUAACUCCAUUAUGGAGUCCUAUGGGAUAUUUGUGACACUAUCAUCACCAUUAAAAUAUGGAUAGUGAUGGUGCCAUAAUACCGUAUAUGUUUUCAUAAGGCAGUCGUAUGUUUUUUUUUUUUUUGCUAAAAUGGAUGUUUUAGUGUCCUAGUUAAUUACUAGUUUACUACCAUGAGAAUAAAACUAUUUGCAAUUUAGGUAGUAAUAUUUUAUUCAUAUCGUUUCC